UUACGGCCAGUCGAGUUAAAAUGUCUGGCGAAUACAGACGCGUGGUCGGCGCUAUAGCUCUUAUAAUAAUCAAUUUGUUAUCAACAUGCGAAUCCGAAUGCAUACUAUCUUUGAAUAAAGAUUUCAACAAUAUCGGCCCAGUGUUCAUACGGAAUGGGCAGUUUCUGGAAACCAACACGAAGAAAGGCGACAUCACCUUCAGCAGAUCUGAUACAGUUCUGAUCUCCUGUCCGAAGAGGAAGAUUGUGCUUGCUAACCAAACAACUAGCUAUGAGACCCUGGAGGCCCAUUGCAUUGUAAACAACACGUUCCGGGUGGACCGUCGGAUCCUCAGCUUCAAAGACAUCCGCUGUAACUCCCAUCCCUGGUUCACCACCCAGGAGAAGAAAGAGACGUGUUACAAUGGACGGGCGCAGAUGUACCAGGUCGGUUACCAAGUGAAAAGCACCUUCCAUCCGAUAUACGAAGCAUGUUUCGACAAGAACCUGGUGCGGACACAUUACGUCCAACAUCGGAUCACUCCCAACAGUGUGUUUCGGCAAAACGGAUUGAAGAGGCCACAGUUUACUGAGGGAACCCUGUUUGGAAAGAUCCGAAUGAACGAAGUAUACAAAAUGAAUAGCCAAGUGAAGACUCUCGACGCAAUACUGGGGCCGAAGAUGGGAGACCGUUACUUGAGUAAAAUACAGUUCCUCUCAAGAGGUCAUCUCGCUGCCAAUGCGGAUUACGCCACCAGUGCCCUCAUCAGAGCUACCUUCCACUACGUCAACACUGCUCCUCAGUGGAUGAGAGGCAACGCCGGAGACUGGGCGGCAUUAGAGGAAGCUUUAAGGCGCCGUGUCCAUGAGUUAGAUACUCCAGUGUUGGUGUAUACUGGGAACCAUGGAAUGAUGACGUUGUCUGAUAAAGGAGGUCGGAUGAAGGAGAUUUUCCUACACGCAGACCUGAAUAACAACUUCGAUGUUCCUGUUCCUAUGUAUUUUUAUAAGCUAGUCUACGACCCGACACAGCAGAGGGCGUCAGUGUUUAUAACCAUAAACUCAUCCUUUUAUAACGACACUAUGGUAAACGAUUUAGUGUUUUGCGACAACACGUGUGACAAAGAUGAUUAUUACAAUAAUUUCAAAUGGUUGCGAUGGCGAUCUAACGAUGGGACCUUUAGUUUUUGCUGUGACUAUGAUCAAUUCGCUAGGAAAGUCGAUUAUUUACCGAAACUCGAUGUUCGGGGGAGAUUUUAUUGAGGUGUGGCGACACUCUGACAAGUGACAGAUGACAGAAGUCGCACAUAGACUAUCGACAAGCAAAUCAACGGAUGACGUCAUAAAUUCUUCAUAGCACAUGUGAAGUUUACAUGCAAAUAAACAUGGAACAUAGAAAAUCCCAACGAACAACAGUUGGGCAGAAAGCCCGCCAGGCACGAUCACCUCGCCUGGUCGGAGGAUCCUCCUUUUCUUAGGGAACUUCUCUGUUCCCUAAAGAGGUAUAUUAAAAUAACUGUCGUGAGACGUGUUAAGUUUAAUAGAAGUCUUGUAUAGAAACUCGUACAACUGCGUCCACUGAUCAGCAUCGUACGGACCGCAUCAUCGGCAAUGCCUACAUGCGAUGCGUAUUGAUGACGUCAUAUGGAUUGCGUGCGAUGCGUACGAUGCGGGCCUGUGGACGCUUACCUUAAUGCGCUAACCAUGCAGAAUAUGCAGUAUUAAUUGUAUUCCUAGUACUAAAUCAUUAGCUCUAUAUUAUAUUUUAUAAAUAAUGUUAUUUGUUAGUGUUAAUAAAAUAAUAAUUUUAUUUC